CUAGACAUCGCCGAAGAGGUCGAUGCCGGAUUUUGUGGCGUGUGGUGCGUAAAAAAAUCUGUGAAAACUUGUGAAUUUUCCUCAAAAAUUAAAAGUUUUUCAUCGAAUCUCAAACAGGAGUUGUAUUUGAACAAUUUCCAGACCAGAGCAACAACAGAAGGGGGAGAGAGGAAAAUUUCCAUGGAAAUGGGAUGGGAGAAUUGAAAAGAAAUAAAAAGACAAAAAAAAAUGAUUUUGCAAAGAAAUUUGCAAAGCACGCGGAAGAAGAAUGAGAUGUGACCAAAAAGGGAAGAGAAAAUAAAACGGUGAUUUUUUUGUGUGGCAAAAUUUUUGGAACACAAAAGAGAAAAAGAGAGAGAGAGAGAGAAAAUUAUCUCUGGAGGGAGAUUUUAGAGGAACAAAAAAAAAAGAAGAAAAAAAAUCAAAUACGUGGUUUGUGAAGAGUGUGGAGAUAGAAGUGAUGGCAGCCACACAAAAUGGCAGCAAGAGCAACAGCAGCAGCAGUGGCGGGACAAGAGAAUUUGUGGAGGGAUGGACGCUGGCACAGACUCUCGGGGAAGGAGCAUAUGGAGAGGUGAAAUUGCUGAUAAAUCAUCAAUCUGGUGAGGCAGUGGCAAUGAAAAUGGUGAAUCUCGAUAAACAUCCCGAUGCUGCGGUAUCGGUGAAAAAAGAAGUCUGUAUUCAGAAGAUACUUCAGAAUCCUCAUAUUCUGAGGUAUUAUGGGAAGAGAAGUCAAGGAUCGAUAGAGUAUAUCUUUUUGGAAUAUGCUGCUGGUGGUGAACUUUUUGAUCGAAUAGAACCUGAUGUUGGAAUGGCACAGAAUGAAGCACAGAGGUAUUUUAUGCAACUCAUGUCCGGUGUAAAAUAUCUCCAUGACCGUGGUGUAGCUCAUCGUGAUCUCAAACCUGAGAAUAUUCUUCUGGAUGAGAGGGAUAAUAUAAAAAUUUCAGACUUUGGUAUGGCCACCAUGUUUAGGAUGAAGGGCAGGGAGAGAUUGCUGGACAAACGAUGUGGAACAUUGCCUUAUGUGGCGCCUGAAGUGCUAGUACAACCCUAUGCUGCAACCCCAGCCGACAUUUGGUCCUGUGGCAUCAUCCUGGUGACUUUAUUGGCAGGAGAAUUGCCAUGGGAUAAACCAACGACUUCGUGCAAGGAUUUUCUGAUGUGGAAGGAAAAUACCACGUGGACAUCAAUAACACCGUGGAAGAAGCUUUCAACACUUCAAUUGUCGUUACUGAGGAAAAUUCUUGCAAUUCAGCCCAAUGAGAGGCUCACAAUUCAGCAAAUACUGGAUCACAAGUGGUGCAAUUUGAGAUUUAGUUCAACAGAUGAUCCACUUGCCGAUGAUCCACUGCAACAGGCGAGGAAACGCUUGAGAUCUGAUUUGGAUAUUUCGGGAGAUCGUGAGAUUUCCGGAAAGAUGAUCUAUCUGACGCAGCCCAGUGAGCGUUCAGCCGACACAACGGACGCCGUUGAGACGAGAAACAGUGGUUUCUGUUUCUCUCAGCCAACUCUCCUGGAUGACUUGAUACUGUGCAGUCAGAUGAAUCCGACGCAGGGCACUCAGUCGAGUCAGAGUAUUAUGCAGCGUCUGGUGAAGCGAAUGACGCGUUUCUUCGUGGUCAGUAGGUACGAUGAGACCAUCAAGAGAAUUUCCGCUGCUGCGGACAAGUUGGGUUACACGUGGAGGGGCAGUGAGGGUGGAACGAUGACCGUGUCCACGAUGGAUAGGAGAAAAUUGCAGUUGAUCUUCAAGGUGACGCUCAUAGAGAUGGAUGGGCGACUUUUGGUGGAUUUCAGGCUGUCUAAGGGAUGUGGAUUGGAAUUCAAAAGGAGUUUCAUUAAGAUUAAGAAUCAUUUGAAAGAUAUUCUCGAUUCCCAGUGAAAGAGAGAGAGUAGAGUCAGAGAGACGGAAGUGAGGGUGAGAUUGAAAAGCCGAAAACACGCGGUAAACUCCAUGGAUAACACUUCCACACGCAAAUUACCAUGUCAAUGACCUCACAAGGUUACUCCAGGUCAAGUGACGAGCGUCAAAGAAUGGCGUCAUCCGCCAAUAUUUUAUUACAGUCAAAACUGAUGAGUCAUUUUGACCAAAAUAUCGUCUUAGAUAUUUUGUAUCGAAGGUAAGUGUCGCUAUUUUAUUCAUUUGUAGAUAAUAGUUGUGCCAAUUUAUUAUUUUUUUUUUAAAUUUUGUAUUAAAAUUAAGAAAAUUGUUGACGAAGAAUCAUUGGAAAAAAAAUGUUCAAUUUUCAGACAAUAAAUUUGUUAUGAGUGUA